CGUCUAGGACCUCUUAAUAUCAUCAUAUUUUAACGGUAGCGCGCAAAUAAACAAGGCAGCCACGGGCGUGCAGGUGUGAAAGGGAAAAUGCAGCUUUUCCUCGGUGGUGCCAGGUUACCGUAUAACCAUUCAGCCGAAACAGUUCCACCUACAGAUGGAGACAAAGGAGGCAGAAGAGGGAGAGGAAAGUGGAGAAGUCGUGGUAGUGAGGACAGAGACGUACGUCUGUCUAAAUCCAUGUGUUAUGCUCUUCGCCAUGGAGCCAACCAGAUGGGAUUGCAAAUAGGUCCAGAUGGCUUCCUGUUUGUGGAAGAACUCCUGGCACACCCACAGUUCCGCUCAUACUCACUGGAAGAUGUCGAGAGAGUAGUGGCUACAUGUGACAAACAGCGCUUUAAGCUCUGUUCCCACCCUGAGGAUGGACGCCUGCAAAUUCGUGCCAAUCAGGGGCACACAGUGCAGGUAAUGGAUUUGGAACUGAAACAGGUCCUGGCUGGCUCUCCAGACUGCCCUGCUGAGGCUGUUCACGGCUCCUACCUCCGCAACUGGAGCUCCAUCCAGCAGCAGGGCCUGAGCCGCAUGAAAAGAAUGCACAUUCAUCUGGCAUCAGGCCUGCCAGGAGAGGAUGGCGUUAUCAGUGGCAUGAGGAAAGGAUGUGAUCUAGCUGUAUUUAUUGACGUCCCUAAAGCUCUUGCUGAUGGUAUUGAGUUCUUCUGGUCAGAAAAUGGCGUGCUGCUGACGGCAGGUGACGCAGAGGGAAAGCUACUCCCUAAAUACUUCAGCCGAGCCUUAAGACUGAGACCUACAAGGAGCAACCUGCCACUGCAGUAGCAGCAGUGGAUACUGCUUUGUUAUUGGUCAUAGCAGGACUCGCCUGACCGUGCUAGCUUUCCAUGGUUGGUUGGCACUUAUUCUACUGUAGUUCCCUUGGUAACACUUGUUGUUUGGCAGGAGCAUCCCAUUGAGAAGGUUUUGUAAGCAAAAAUCAUUUUAAAUGGGACUGAACUGGUAAACCUUUCAUUUUUGUGCCAGUAUUGAAAGAUCAGAAUGGCUUUAGAGAAGCAUCCUUUAUUUUUAUAUGACAAUUCAACCAGCCUUUACUGGCUAAUGUCAACUUUUAUUAGUGUAUAGGCUUUGUUUUCCGUAUUCCAUUGUUAGUGCUAAACCCAUUGAAUGCCAAUAUUAUUUAACCAAGUAGUUGCAAAAUACUAUAUAACCCUGGCUACAAACAUACAGCGACUUCUGCCAACAACCAGCCAGGCCACUGCAUGUGCGGUUUGUCACAAGACUAAGUGUGGCAAAGCAGAGGAUACAGACACUGUGGUUUUCAUUAACGGACUGCCAUAACUGUUUCUUGUAAGAUAUGGACACACACACUCACACAAACACAUUGUGAGGAGAGAUAAUUGUUUCAAAGAUUCCUGUGUAAGAAGCAGAAAUUACCACCAUAUGCCACGACCAUACGGAGUGAAGGCAACAGAGAACAAAGUGAGCUGCUGUAUUUAAAUUAAUAAAUGUUUGUUUAUUCAUAACUUUAUGUGCUAAGCAUUUCAUACUUGCAUGAUUUUUUUUGCAGUAAUUGUUUUUUAUUUUUGGCUCUAAUAUUAUUGUGGUUGCUGUAAUGUGCCCUUUAAUUUCUAACAGAAUCGAUAAGUGACAAAGAGACUGCAACUCUGUGCAUCCUGACACAACACUGAGACUAGAUAGUAGGAGGUGAAAAAAAGUUAGGCGCUGGCUGAUCCAACUGUUGAUUUUACAUUGUUUACAUGAGUUUGGUUGUCAGUCCUGCUGAUCCUUGACCACAUGUCCAGCAGUUUGACCAGGCAGUAGUCCAUCAAGAGGGAAGACAGCAGGAGGAUCAGUUGAGUAGCUUAUGAGCAACAGCGUGUGUGUGUAGAACAAAGGUUAGAUAAGAACAAGAUUGGUUGUAAGACAUUUAUGCAGCAUAAUAAAACAUAAAAUUCUAUUCCACAUGGUUUUCCACUGUUGAGAUCCACAGGGAAUCUGAUGCGGCCUGUGAAGGCUCCAU